AUGGAUCGAUUGCCGCUCCAUGGCCUUUCCCUGUCGCCCUCUCCCCAAUCGGUUCUGCUGUCGCCACAGCCGCGUCUUUGCAAAAACGGCCACCUCGUCGUGAUAACGCUCUCUGCUGCUGCUGCUGCUGCCGCCGCUAUCACCGCUGUCACCGCUGCCUCAACCCCCCCUACUCGAUCGUUGAUGUGGCGUGUCCGGGAACCAUGGAGGAGAGGAGCUCGAACUGCUGAGGCGGAAACACCUUCUGGCAGCAAUGUGAUGAUGCUACUAGUAUCUCCGAAAUUCCCUUAG